AUGCCUGCGCCCCGUCUCCCCGUCAGUCGCAGAGGUCGGGGCAUGGCUUCGCUGGUCCCAGUGGCUGGUCUCUGGCACAAGCAGCUGCCAGGGACCCUCUGUGGACCCCCAGGUCAUGCUGCCUCUGCUGGCCCUGCUCGGGGCGGAAGUGUGGGCUCCUCUGGAGGUGAGCUGUGGAAGAAUGGGGUCCACACGGCCUGUCUGGGGCAGGGGCCACACAAGGCGACCGAUGAGCCCUGCCCGCAGGGGGUUCCAGGACUAAGGAGUCAGAGAGCGGACGGGAACUUCCAGACGGACUGA